AUGGCUGAGACACUUUCCUGCUUCUGCAUCCUACCGACACACCUGCUGCUCAUCCCACUGAUGGCCACUCCUCAGCACCUGCUGUUCAGCGCCAGUCUUCCUUGGGGCAUGGUUGCAGUGUCUGGUUGCUUAAUCUACUUUGUUGCCCCUCUGUUUGUGUUUUGUGCAGGGAGCUGUGGAAGUGCUGAGUUCCAGUGCACCAGUGGACAGUGUAUAGACAUAGCCUGGAGGUGCGAUGGAACUAAAGACUGCACAGAUGACUCGGAUGAACUAAACUGUCCAACUCCAACAUGCACCUCACAAGAAUUCAAGUGUGUGACAAGCGGCGAAUGCAUUUCAUUGGGAUUUGUCUGCGACGGUGAGAAAGAUUGCGUUGAUGGCUCAGAUGAAGAAAGAGCCUGUGGUGGACGGACGUGCAGCUCAGACCAGUUCACGUGCCACGAGGGUCAGUGCAUCCCCAGCAAAUACAGAUGUGACAGAGUGAAGGACUGUGUGGACAACUCUGAUGAGAACAACUGCAACUAUCCUCCGUGCACUCAGAAGACAUGCGCUAACGGCGCCUGUUAUAACAACUCCCAGCACUGCAACGGGCUACAGGACUGCAGAGACGGCUCUGAUGAAUUCAACUGCACGACCCAGCAUUGUCCCAUCCACCAAUAUCAGUGUGCAAACGGCUACUGUAUCCCAACAUCCUUUGUGUGUGACCACUGGGACGACUGUGGCGACAACAGCGAUGAACAAGGCUGUGUGUACCAGAGCUGCAGCGGUAGUGAGUUCACGUGCACCAGUGGCCGCUGUAUCCCUCAGCGCUGGGUGUGCGACAAGUUCAACGACUGUGGAGACUUCAGUGAUGAGAAAGGAUGCGAUAGUAACUCUCGAGACUGUUAUCCUGGUGAGUGGGGGUGUCCAAGCUCAACAGCGUGUAUACCAGUGACCAAAGUGUGUGACGGCAGCCCCGACUGUCCUGGAGGAACAGAUGAGACCAACUCCACCGCACAGCAAACCUGCAGCCUGGAUCGCUGCUCCACCUUGAGCUGUGAGUUCCACUGUCACCCAUCGCCUCAAGGAGGUUCCUGCUACUGCCCUGAUGGCUUCACUGUAGCCAAUGACAGUCGCUCCUGUGUAGACUAUAAUGACUGUCAGAUCUGGGGGAUCUGUGACCAGAUGUGUGAAGAUCGGCCUGGGACACACCACUGCAGCUGUGCUGAUGGAUACUUCUUGCAGCAGGGCCACUUGUGCAAAGCCAACGUGUCAGCUGGAUUGCCACAACUCAUUUUUACAAAUGGUGGUGAUGUGGAAAUGGCCGACAUACACGGGCGAUUUGUCCGAGUAUUGGUGCCAUCCCAGGGCAAAGGUUAUGCGGUCGGUGUCGCCUACCACUCGCACAGUAACCUCGUCUUCUGGAGUGACACGUACACCAAAAAGGUAUAUUCAGCGGACUAUAAUGGGGGCAACAUUAAGGAGAUUCUGACUGCUGCAGUCCACAAUGUCCAGAACCUGGCUGUGGACUGGAUCAACUUCAAACUGUAUGUCUUAGAGGCCAUGGUGGAGCGUAUCGACAUGUGUGACUUCGAUGGAGGGAACCGGGUCACGCUGGUGGCCGAAAACCUGGAGACACCUCAUGGUCUUGCCCUGGACCCAACAGUUGGCUACAUGUUCUUCACAGACAAGGGCUUCUCCAGUGAGCAGAUGAAGCUUGAACGCGCCUUCAUGGACGGCAGCAAUCGCCUCGAGCUGGUGAAGAAGGGACUCGGCACUCCGACAGGAAUUACCGUUGAUAUUGUCACGCAGAGGGUUUACUGGUCUGACAGCCACUUUGACACCGUGGAGACUGUCACCUACAACGGUUUGGAAAGGAAAAUGGUCCUCAAUGGCGCCACCCAGUCCCCACAUCCUUUUGGAAUCGCCGUGUUUGAGAACCACGUGUUCUUCACUGACUGGACCAAGAUGGGAGUCAUCAGAGCCAACAGGUUCAACGGCAGCAGCCCAGCACUCCUCUACAGAACCACAAAGCAACCGGGUCACGUGGUCGUCUCUCAUCCUGUCCUUCAACCUAUUGUGUUGAACCCCUGCGGGAGACACAAUGGCGGCUGCCAGCACAUUUGUGUCUUGAGUCACCGCACCGACAACGACGGCCUGGGCUUCCGCUGCAAGUGUCGCCACGGUUACGACCUGCAGAGUGACCGCCGCACCUGCUUUA